GUCGGCCGUCGGGCGAACCCGUAGUCCGGCAGGAAGCGGGUGAAGAUGGCGGCGGCGGAGGUGGCGGAUGGCGACGACUCGCUGUACCCGAUCGCCGUCCUCAUCGACGAGCUGCGCAACGAGGACGUGCAGUUACGCCUGAACAGUAUAAAGAAACUGUCAACGAUUGCCUUGGCUUUAGGAGUUGAACGGACCCGAAGUGAGCUGCUUCCAUUUUUGACUGACACCAUUUAUGAUGAAGAUGAAGUGCUGUUGGCUUUGGCAGAGCAAUUGGGAAGCUUCACAGUUCUUGUUGGUGGACCAGAAUAUGUUCAUUGUUUGCUGCCUCCCUUGGAGAGCCUUGCAACUGUGGAAGAAACCGUAGUACGAGAUAAAGCUGUUGAUUCACUGCGAGCGAUCUCGCAUGAGCAUUCUCCUGCAGACCUAGAAGUUCACUUCGUACCACUGGUCAAACGCUUGGCUUGUGGUGACUGGUUCACAUCCAGAACUUCAGCAUGCGGCCUUUUCAGUGUCUGCUACCCUCGGGUAUCCAGCUCUGUAAAAGCUGAGCUGCGCCAACAUUUCCGUAGCCUGUGUUCAGAUGACACACCAAUGGUCCGCCGAGCUGCAGCAUCAAAGUUGGGUGAAUUUGCAAAGGUCCUGGAGCUGGAAUUUUUAAAAAGUGACAUUAUACCUCUCUUCACUUCCCUGGCUUCUGAUGAGCAGGAUUCAGUGAGGUUGUUGGCAGUUGAAGCUUGUGUGAGCAUAGCCCAGCUACUGCCCCAGGAAGAUCUGGAAGCUUUAGUGAUGCCUACCCUACGGCAAGCAGUGGAGGAUAAAUCUUGGCGUGUUCGCUAUAUGGUGGCAGACAAAUUUUCUGAACUUCAGAAAGCUGUGGGUCCUGAAAUUACAGAAAAUGAUCUGGUUCCAGCUUUUCAAAACCUGUUGAAAGAUUGUGAGGCUGAGGUCCGUGCAGCUGGAGCCAACAAAGUUAAAGAUUUUUGUGAAAACUUGCCUGCAGAUUGCAGAGAGACUGUUAUAAUGAAUCACAUCUUGCCAUAUGUUAAGGAACUUGUCUCUGAUACCAAUCAACAUGUGAAGUCAGCUCUGGCCUCUGUUAUUAUGGGUCUAUCCACCAUCUUGGGCAAGGACAGCACUGUUGAACACUUGCUUCCUUUGUUUUUGGCUCAGCUCAAAGAUGAGUGUCCUGAAGUUCGUUUGAACAUUAUCUCCAAUCUGGACUGCGUGAAUGAAGUUAUUGGAAUUCGCCAAUUAUCACAGUCUCUCUUGCCAGCCAUUGUAGAAUUAGCAGAAGAUGCCAAAUGGAGAGUGCGUCUUGCAAUAAUAGAGUACAUGCCUCUGCUUGCAGGACAGUUGGGGGUAGAGUUUUUUGAUGAGAAGUUGAACUCCUUGUGCAUGACAUGGCUAGUGGAUCACGUAUAUGCCAUUCGAGAGGCUGCAACCAACAACUUGACCAAACUGGUGGAGAAGUUUGGCAAAGACUGGGCAGAAUCUACCAUUGUGCCUAAAGUACUUGCCAUGGCCAGUGAUCCCAACUACCUUCAUAGAAUGACCACCCUUUUCUGCAUUAAUGUGUUGUCUGAAGCCUGUGGCCAAGAUAUCACAGCAAAGCAGAUGUUGCCAACGGUUCUACAGAUGGCAGGUGAUCAGGUGGCAAAUGUUCGCUUCAAUGUGGCUAAAUCAUUGCAGAAAAUAGGACCGGUUUUAGAUGCGAACACUUUACAGAAUGAAGUCAAACCAAUAUUGGAGAAACUGAGUCAGGAUCAAGAUAUGGAUGUAAAGUACUUCGCGCAGGAAGCUAUAACCGUGCUUGCUUUGUCAUAGAAAGAGCGGAAGAAGUGAAGAAACAUCUCUCCAGACUUGCAGUGAGAUGCUGCCCCUGAUGCCAUUGAAAACCUUGUUCCACUAUUUCUUAAGAGGUUACCCUGGAAAAUGUAAAUGUAUCAUUGGUAGUGUCACUGGAUUUUAGCUGCAUUGGAGAUUCUAGUUUCUGCAAUCUUGCUGCUGUCUAAAUUUAGCUUGAGUGAUCAUAGGUGUGAGCUACACUUAUUUAUUUUCAUUGAUUGUAGUGUACCCAGUGGCAUCAUGUAUCUAAAGGGUUUAGCUGUUAACUAUAUUAACAAAAAUAGGGCGUGAGGUUGUUUAUUUCCACUGCUGUGUCAAUAGUCACUUGCAUCCAACAGUUGCCAGCAUGUUUUCUCUUCCUUUCCCAAAACACUUGGUUGCAUCCCAAUAUCCAAUGGCAAAUAUUAGCCAUAAAACUAAAGAUGCUGUUUACUUGAAAAUAUAAUGGUGGUUAAUGUUUUUAGAUGGAGCCCUGAUGAAGGGGUCCCCAUUGCCUUUUCUUUUGGUUACUGAAGGACAUGCUGCACAUUUUGACCUACCUUGUUUUUCCUUUACUUUCAAUCAUUUUUAACCUAAAAAAUGAACAUCUGCAGUUUCUUUUCAUUUAGACAGUUAUGGAAUAGCCUUUGCUGCAACUCUGUUUUAAGUAACUGUAAAUGCCAACCUCAUCAUUUCAAUGACUUAACAGCAGUGCCAAUGGAUAUUGUGAUUACCUGGUAGUUAGGCUGCAUCACUUUUGUACUUUAUUAGUUAUGUAGAUUUUUCGGUUUUGCUUCGAAACACCCAAACUUUUGCCUGCUUCCCAUACAGAACAGAAUUACAAGAUAUUGUAUCAUUCCAGUGAGUUAGUAAAACUUGGGAUGCUAUUUCAUUAUUGCAAAUCAUGUAAUUUAAUGCUUGAAUUGCUUUCAACACGAGUCUUUUUGAAUGAUUUUUAAAUCGUGUUAGGUGGAUUGAACCUGUUACCAGUGAAUGUUUUCUCCUAAUUUGUAUAUUACAUCAUUAUUUUGACUGAUUCCCUAAUAAAGUGGAUAAAGGUAAA